UUUUUUUUGUCCCACCAACUAAACGAGGCCACAAUCCACGACGGCAGCGGCAGCGGCACCAACCACCCACAGAGAAGGCAUGAGCAAAACCGGCAGCGCGCGCCGCGACGCUGGUGGGCAGCACAGCGCAGCAUAGUCCGGAGAGUGGAGGUGGACUCGAGGGUGACUCUCGCUGUCCGACUACGCUGUCUGCAACUGCUGCGGACAAGCGAAACCAACAGCAAGGGCCUCGCCACCAAACCGCCGGCGCCGCGGCCUGCAGCCUGCUAUGCUACCCUGUACCUCUCGCUCUUAUCCCCACCCCCUCUCGCUUUCUCCCCUCUACAAGAAAGCGACCACCGCUGUGAGUGAGUCAAGAGAGCUGCACUGAGAGAGAGAGAGAGAGAGGCGGAGGCUUCCGCUAUCCGUGGCCAAAAGAUCGAUCGAGUAGCCAGCAAGAAGAAGAAGAAGAAGAAGAAGAAGAAGAGAGAUGAACGCCGACUUCGGCGCACCCAAGGAGCUCGCGGGGGGGCUGCAGCAUCGACGGGCCCUCUACCAGCCUCCCCUCCCGCCAUGCCUGCAGGGGCCGACGGUGAGGGCCGAGUACGGCGACGCGACCACCACCAUCGACCCCACCUGUGCCCAAGCCGUCGCGCAGGCCUUCCCGCACACCUUCGGCCAGCCGCUCGUCAGCUUUGUCGCGCCGUCCGCCGACGCCGCAGCUGCUGAGGAGCGCCACCCGAUCAGGGUGGGCGUGGUGUUCUCUGGGAGGCAGUCGCCGGGAGGGCACAACGUCGUCUGGGGCCUCCAUGACGCACUCAAAGCCUACAAUCCUCAGAGCGUGCUCUACGGAUUUGUCGGUGGCACGGAGGGACUGUUUGCAAACAAGACGUUGGUGCUCACAGACGAUGUUCUUGCUUCCUAUAAGAACCAAGGUGGCUUCGAUUUGCUCGGUAGGAGUAUCGAUCAGAUCCGCACUACUAAGCAAGUGAAUGCUGCAAUGACAACAUGCCGCAGUCUGAACUUGGAUGGGUUGGUCAUCAUUGGAGGAGUGACCUCCAAUUCAGAUGCUGCACAGCUUGCAGAGACCCUUAUACAGAAUAACUGUAAGACCAAGGUCGUUGGUGUGCCAGUUUCAUUGAAUGGUGACCUCAAGAACCAGUUCGUUGAAACAACAGUUGGAUUUGAUACAGUGUGCAAGGUUAAUUCACAGCUUGUAAGCAAUGUUUGCCUCGAUGCAAUCUCAGCUGGAAAGUACUAUUAUUUUGUUCGUCUGAUGGGACGGAAAGCAUCUCAUGUUGCCUUUGAAUGUGCACUUCAGUCACACCCAAACAUGCUCAUCUUAGGAGAGGAAGUAGCAUUGUCAAAACUCACUCUGAUGGAAAUUAUAAACAAGAUAUGCGAUGGUGUACAAGCAAGGGCAGAAUUAGGGAAAUAUCAUGGUGUGCUUGUAAUUCCCGAAGGACUUAUAGAAAGCAUUCCAGAAAUGUAUGCUCUUAUUCAGGAAAUCAAUAUCCUUCACAACAAUAAUGUUCCGGUGGCUGAGAUGUCAUCACAACUGUCUCCAUGGGCAGCUGCUCUGUUCCAGUUCUUGCCACCCUUCAUCAGAAGAGAGCUGCUGCUCCACCAAGAAUCAGAUAACUCUGCACAGUUGUCCCAGAUUGACACGGAGCAACUGUUAGCCCAUCUAGUAGAAACAGAAAUGAUAAAGAGAACAAAAGAAGGAAGAUACAAGGGAAGGAAGUUCAGUUCAGUUUGUCAUUUCUUUGGAUAUCAGGCUCGAGGAUCUAUACCGUCAAAUUUUGACUGUGACUAUGCUUAUGCUCUUGGACGUAUCUCCCUGCAUAUGAUCACAGUUGGAUUGACUGGGUACAUGGCAACUGUGGCUAACCUGAAAGACCCUGUUGACAAAUGGAGAUGUGCUGCUGCUCCUUUAACUGCGAUGAUGAGUGUCAAGAGGCAUUUACGUGGCCCUGGAGCAAUCCCUAUAGGAAGACCUUCCAUUCAUCCUUCCCCCAUUGACCUAAAAGGGAAGGCUUAUGAGUUGCUGCGAGAGAAGGCUUCAAGCUUCCUCCUCGAUGACUUCUACAGGACUCCAGGAGGCAUUCAGUUCGAAGGGCCUGGUUCAGACGCAAAGCCCAUCACACUGACCAUUGAGAACCAGGACUACAUGGGCGACAUUGAGAUACUGAAAGAGUAUCUUGGCAAGGUUAGGACCAUGGUGAAGCCAGGGUGCUCCCGGGAGAUCCUGAAGGCAGCAAUCAGCUCCAUGGUGUCGGUGACGGAUGUGCUUACCGUGAUGUCCCACCCCCUCAACACCGAGCUGCCCCUCUACCAUUUCAAGUGAGCGAGGGCAUCAGUCUGCUUUCGUCUGGGUUAUUUGUAGAGUGCUUUUUGUAACAGCAGAAGAUUCUGCUUCAUUGGCUGCCGGUAUUUUGUUUGGGUGAGAAGCACUGGGUUGAUGCCAAUAAACACCGAAACUGUCCUUGAUCCUGAUCCUGAACUGUAGUUAUUGCUGGAUUGGAAAAUGCAUGUUUUCGACCUUGGUCGGCUGCAGUUUAAAGUGCAAAACCCAUCUGAUUGAGAUCGAGUCAAGCUAGUUGUAGUAUUGGUGGCAGUAUUCCAGUUUUCAAGAGGUCUCUAGAAAUAUCCAUA